GAAACGCACCCGCCGCCAUCUUGGCUGAGGGCGGAAGACAUCUACAUUUCCUCGAGGAGAGAGGGAAAGCGCAGGGAUGCCGCUGGUGGUGUUGUGCGGCCUGCCGGGGAGCGGCAAGACCCGCCGCGCCGAAGAGCUCCGCGCGGCGCUGGUCUCGGAAGGCGAGGCCUCAGAGCAGCGCCGGGUCUUCGUCGUCUCGGAGGGAGAGGGCGGCAAGGGCGAGGCCCGCUCGGCUCUGAGGGCCGAGGCGGAGCGCCUCCUGAGCCGGAGGGACGUGGUGGUGGUGGACGCCGGCUGCGAGCUGAAGAGUUUCCGCUACGAGCUCUUCUGCCUCAGCAAGCAGGCCGCGACGCCGCAUUGCGUGCUGCUCUGCCCCGGGGGAGCCCCGCGCCCCGACCGGCCGCCCUUGGAGGAGCCCGACGGGCAAAACCGCUGGGACCGGCCGCUCUUCGUGGCCCCCGCGGAGCCCUCGGAGGCGCUGCCGCUGCCCGAGAUCCGCGCCGCCCUCUUCCAGCGCCGCCCGCCCGCGCCCAACCGCUCCACGCGCGCCGAGCCCCUCCAGGACGCCGCCUUCCUCCACCGCCUCGACCGCCUCACGCAGGACGUGGUGGGCGCGCUCAUGGAGGCCCAGCGGAAGGGCGCCCGGCCCGGGGAGGUGGUGCCCCUGCCCGGGAUGGCGCCGCAAGGGUGGCUGCUCCGGCGCCCCCUCACCCUGGCCGAGCUCAGCCGCCUCCGCAGGCAGUUCCUCAGCUACGCCAAGAUGCACCCCGGGGAAGGGGAGGGAGAGCUGCCCCGCCUGGGAAGCAUGUUCCUCCAGUACCUCAGCCAGAACCUCCAGUGAAGAAGGAAGACUCCUUGCCCUCUCUCCAGAGAAUGCUCAAAGAAGUAAGGCCUUCUCCAGUAUGGCACCAAUGUGGAAGGAGAGGAAGGAUGCCUAGGCACAGCUCUCAAGUUUGGGAGCGAAAGACUUGAAAGUGGAAAGCAGUGGAAGGAUGUGAUGCUUUGAUACCUAUGCACAACUUUCCAGUUUGGGAGUGAAUGACUUGGAUGUGAAAAGGAGUGGAAGGAUGUGAUACCUUGACACCUAUACACUGCUCUCCAGUUUGGGAGUGAAAGACUUGGAAGGGGAAAGCAGCAGAAGGAUGUGAUGCCUUGACACUUAUACAAAGCUCUCCAGUUUGGGAGCGAAAGACUUGGAAGGGGAAAGCAGUGGAAGCAUGAAGUGCCUUUUACACAUAUGCACAGCUUUCUGUUUUUAGAGUGCAAGGCUCAAAUAUGGAAAUAAGUGAAAAGAUAAAGUGUCUUGACACAUAUACACACCUCUCUGGUUUGGGAAUGAAAUGCUUUGACUUUGGGUUGCUGUAAGUUUUCUGAGCUGUCUGGCCAUGUUCCAGAAGCAUUCUCUCCUGACAUUUUGCCCACAUCUAUGGCAGCCAUCCUCACAGGUUGUGAGGUGGGUUGUAAACUCAGCAAAGGAGGUUUAUAUAUUUGUGGAAUGAUGUCCAGGGUGGGAGAAAGAACUCUAGUCUGCUUGAGGCAAGUGUGAAUGUUGCAAUUUACCACCUUGAUUAUAAUUAAGUCGGGGAGCUGGGACUCCUUGACGCACAUACCUCUCUAUCAAGGAAUUUGGAAGAUCUGGACUGGAUGUCUGAGGGAAGCCUGGAAACCUACACACAGAGAGAAAUAUACAUCCAGAUCUCUCCACUAAAGUGCUGGAAGUCCAGGAUGGUGGCAGGAAGAUGGGAUGCCUUUCCUCUGCAGUGUGGAAGUGGAAGACUUGGACUAGUAGGCUGCAAAAAGAUAGGAAGCCUUUACACACAUAUACCCCCCCUCCCACUUGAAGAAAAUCUGGACACCUUUACACACAGAGAAUUCUGAAAUGUAGAAGAAUGUGGAAAAACGAGGUCUUUACACACACACUUCCAGUUUGGGAGUGAAAAGUCUGAGAAGCCUUUACACACCUCUCCAGUGAUGUAUUUAGAAGACCUGGGUUCUAGAGGACUGUAAGAAGCCUGGAUAUCUAUACACACAGAUCUCUUUCAUAAGUGAAUGGCUAGAAGACCUAGACUAGAAAGAUGGGAUACUUUUACACACACACACACAC